CGUAUGUACGUGCGUGCGUGCGAGAGGAGCCGCAGCAGCCGCGCGCGGACGGUUCACUCUCGCCCGUUAGCGCCAGUGCCGCCGCCGACGCCGUCGCCGCCGCCUCUUACCCCUCCGCGUCUCGCGCCCCGCUUGCCACCGCCAUGUCCCGUUACCUGCGCCCGCCCAACACGUCCCUGUUCGUGAGGAAUGUGGCCGACGACACCAGGUGUGUGUCUGAAGACUUGCGCCGGGAAUUUGGUCGUUAUGGUCCCAUAGUUGAUGUAUAUGUGCCACUUGAUUUCUACACCCGUCGUCCAAGAGGAUUUGCUUACGUUCAAUUUGAAGAUGUUCGUGAUGCGGAAGAUGCUCUGCAUAAUUUGGACCGAAAAUGGAUUUGUGGACGUCAGAUUGAAAUCCAGUUUGCACAAGGGGACCGCAAAACACCAAAUCAGAUGAAAGCAAAGGAAGGGAGAAAUGUGUACAGCUCUUCUCGCUAUGAUGAUUAUGACAGAUACAGGCGAUCCAGAAGCCGAAGUUAUGAAAGGAGGAGGUCUAGGAGUCGUUCAUUUGAUUACAACUACAGAAGAUCUUAUAGUCCUAGAAACAGUAGACCUACUGGAAGACCACGCCGUAGCAGAAGCCAUUCAGACAAUGAUAGAUUCAAACACCGAAACCGGUCUUUUUCGAGGUCUAAAUCCAAUUCAAGAUCACGAUCCAAGUCCCAGCCCAAGAAAGAAAUGAAGGCUAAGUCACGUUCUAGGUCUGCAUCUCACACCAAAACUAGAGGCACUUCUAAAACAGAUUCCAAAACACAUUAUAAGUCAGGCUCAAGAUACGAAAAGGAAUCAAGGAAAAAAGAACCAGCCAGAUCCAAAUCCCAGUCAAGAUCACAGUCUAGGUCUAGGUCAAAGUCUAGAUCGAGGUCCUGGACUAGUCCAAAGUCCAGUGGCCACUAAUGGCAUAACCAUAAUGUUUUUAGGCAUGUAUCAUUCAUUUACUCAUAGUUCAGUUUACUAAAUUAUCAGGAAUACAAUGUUGCAACAGUGCUUUAAAAAAAAAAAAGACAAAAAAAAAAAACCACACACACCCCCAAACUUUUACUUUUGUCAGUUUUCCCUGUAGCAAGCAAUGGUUAUUAUAAUUAAAAUGAUAUACUGUUGAGAA